UUGGUUUAAUAAGUUGUAAUUCGGAUAAGAUAUAAAUACCGGAGGGUAUCGAUAUAGAUAAAUUAUACUGCUUUGUUAUUCGUUUUCGAACCAGCGUCAAAAUGGCGAGUCGCUGGUUUAACCUCAUAUUGGGGGUAAUUUUACUCCAGUCUGUACUGGCGUUUGGCCCCAUCGAUGUGACGGAUGCCGAAUGGAUCGAAUACAUAAGCCUGUUGAGCGACCGCAAUUACCGGUUACUACCAACAGCCACGAAACCAAUUAGUUACAAAGUCAAACUGGAACCAAAUUUGCAAAGUUUUGAGUUUUCGGGUGAUGUCGAAAUAAAAAUUAAAGUUGGAAAAGAUGCAGUCAACGAAAUCCAACUUCAUUGCAGAGGAUUGACUAUCACACCAAACAGUGUGUCCGUUGCCUUAGCUACAACUACCCAACCCGUUAUAAACCUUGUUCAGUCGUCACAGUCGUUCACAUGCGAAGCAAACACUGACUUUUUAAAGAUUUCAACAUCUAAUCAUCUAAGUCCAGAGACUGAUUACAUCGUCAAGAUGUCAUUUACUGGAACACUACAAACAGAUAUGAGAGGUUUCUACAGAAGUUGGUACGUCGAUAACUCUGGGAACAGGAGAUGGAUGGCUACGACACAGUUUCAGCCUGGUCAUGCUCGUCGAGCGUUCCCUUGCUACGAUGAACCUAGUUUCAAAGCUACAUUCGAUAUAACACUGGUUAGAGACGCUGACAAUACCCAGCCUUCGUUAUCAAACAUGCCCAUAAAUAGUGAUCUUACUUCUAUUAUUGCCGGGAAAGUAGAAGAAACGUUCUAUACUACUCCUAUCAUGUCCACAUACUUGCUGGCAUUCAUAGUAUCCAAUUACAUACCAGUGGAAACUGGAACAAAUAGUCAAAGACCAUUACAAAUCUUUGCUCGAAAUAACAUUGGAGAUACAGGCAAAUAUUCUCUGGAAAUUGGUGAAAAACUUCUGAAUUUAAUGGAAAAGUACACUGACUACCCUUAAUACACAAUGGCUAAUAAUAUGGAAAUGAAGCAAGCUGCUAUCCCUGACUUUAGCGCUGGUGCUAUGGAAAACUGGGGCCUAUUAACCUACAGAGAAGCACUUAUUCUGUACGAUCCUGAAAACAGCAACAAUUGGUACAAACAACGCAUAGCAAACAUUAUUUCUCAUGAAAUUGCACACAUGUGGUUCGGUAACCUCGUCACAUGCGAUUGGUGGGACACGCUUUGGUUAAACGAAGGUUUCGCUAGGUUCUACCAGUACUACUUG